CGUACAGAGCAGAGUCAAGACAUGUUCCUAUCUUGAAAGCCAGAGCCCAGAGUCACCCUGCAACAACAGACUUAUAACGGUACAGUCGUCAUUUAUUGCAAUCUUAAGCCAAGGAGUCUACAAAGUUUAAUGCAAUAUGCAGAUUAAGUCCUGAAGAUAAACAUCUGAUGAUGGAUUCCACAGAGAACGAGCGGAUGUCAGUGCUUCUGUCAAAACUCAUCGAAAGGGCUUUCUCAGUGACACAAGAAGAGGUAGAUAUCAGAAGAAAGUCAUAUGUUUCAAUGGAGUAUUUUCAUAGUAAUAUGUCACUAUUUAUAGCUGGAAGUACUGGAGAGGGACUUAAUAUGUUGGGUUCCGAUGUAGAUAUAAUGCACAUUUUGAACAAUAUUAUAGUUAUGUACCCUGAUCAGUGUAUUCCUCCAAAUAUGGCACACAAAACAAUUCUGUACGCAAGAGCAGCAGAUUGCCGCCCUGGCUAUGUCUUCCUACAGCUUCAUCAGUUCCAAAAGAGAGAUCACUCUUUGUUAAUUGAUGCACUAGUUAGAAUUGAGGAUUCAAUAUUUGUUUCCAGUGAUAUCUUCAGAGAGCAAUUUGUCAGUAAAGACGGUAAAAUAACAGGGAAGAAAGUGGAAUCGAAUGGACCAGCCAGUACAUGUCACACAGUGUUAGAUGGACCACUAGACACUGUUGUGUGUUUUCCAUGUCAUGGUUGGCCAAAGGAAGCUAAUGAAUGGAUUACACGUACACGUCUGUAUGGAUGGCCACGUCAAACCUUGAUAGACAAUAUUGUACACCAUGGAUGUCAUCUUGUCCCAGUUGGAGACAAGUGUUCUGAGAACACUUUUCUCCAAUGGAGAAAUUCAUUUGCAACAGCAGAGAGAUCUUUAGUUCACUCCUUUAGUCACAUCCAAUUCAAAGUUUAUGCUUUGCUGAAAUAUUUAUUGAAACAAAUAAAAGGAAUAUUAAAAGAAACCAUUGGGGAUGACGACAUCUUGUGCUCCUAUUUCUUAAAGACAAUAAUUUUUCAUGCCAUUGAGAAUUCCAACCAACUAUUCUGGCAGGAGAAAAACCUAUUUUAUUGUUUUUGGUUUUGCUUCAAAAUACUUAUUGCUUUCGUCAGGGCAGGUUUCUGUCCCAGUUACUUCAUCCCAGCCAACAACUUAUUCAAAAGGAAAGUCCAUGGACAACAUCAGCAAAUUCUGUUAGAUGUUUUGAGAAACUACCAUCAGAUGAAGUGGAUGUGUCUUUCAGUAGGAAACUUCUUCAAACCUUCAAUAUGGGAACAACUGGAUAAUCCUUCAGUACAAGCGGAACUUGUGAGUCCCAUGACUACACAGGAAAUUGAGAUCAAUCAAGAUGAACUAAUCAUUCAAGGUAUACAAAAAAUUGAAUUUCCCAAAAUUGAAGUUUCCAUCUCUUCCAGGUGUUUUCUAAGGUCGGUCAGGAAGGCAAUUAAUUCAUUAUUGACACCACAGUCAGAAUCAGAUGAACUUUUCAGAUUCACUUUUGCUAUGAAAUACCUAAAACAUCUUGCAGCAGAGCAGGUUUAUCCGGAGCACAUGGUUGCUACAGACAACAAGACCAGGUACAGAAGUCUAAGGAAAUGUAAACGCUUGAUGAUUCCCGGAGCCUCCAUGGGAACUGAACUGCUACAUUUGGCAACUUCUCAUUUUUUGACUGGAAAUUACUUUAAACCUCUGGAAAUGUGCAAACAAGUGAUGAAACUAGCAUCAUAUUACUGCUCUCACAAACAUUUACAUCCAGAACUAAAGGCAAUGUACUGCCAUGAAUAUCAUCGAUUUAAUUUGACAGACAAGCUGAAGAAAAUGUACACAUACGUGUUGAUAUUUAUGAAGGAAGACUUGUAUCUUCCUCAUCUCUGUCAGGAAAUGUUAAAAGGACAUGCAUUUAGUAUCCCACCACUACCCUAUGCAUUGUUCCUGUCCUUCCUGUGCUGUCAUGAACUUAGAGAUACUACAGGGCGUGAUGAAGCAUUAAGGUUCCUCGUAGAGGUCCAGAGUGAUGAUGAACAAGGAGGACACGAAUUCUGGAUAGUCCACACUCUCCUGGGGAUCUGUUACCAGACACUCGGGAACAAUCACAGGGCCAUCAGGGCUUACUGGGAUUCAGCACAAUCACAGGCUAUCUUUCAAACACUGAAUCCUGCCAUUGAGAAGAUAGCUGUGGUGUAUCUAUGUAUGUAUGUCUCACAGAGGUCUGAUAGAGGAUAGCUGUGGCGUAUCUAUGUAUGUAUGUCUCACAGAGGUCUGACACAGGGUAUCUGUGGUGUAUCUAUGUAUGUAUAUCUCAUUGAGGUCUGAUAGAGGAUAGCUGUGGUGUAUCUAUGUAUGUAUGUCCCACAGAGGUCUGACACAGGGUAGCUGUGGCGUAUCUAUGUAUGUAUGUCUCCCAGAGGUCUGACACAGGGUAUCUGUGGCGUAUCUAUGUAUGUAUAUCUCAUUGAGGUCUGAUAGAGGAUAGCUGUGGUGUAUCUAUGUAUGUAUAUCUCACAGAGGUCUGACAGAGGAUAGCUGUGGCGUAUCUAUGUAUGUAUGUCUCACAGAGGUCUGACACAGGGUAUCUGUGGCGUAUCUAUGUAUGUAUAUCUCAUUGAGGUCUGACAGAGGUUAGCUGUGGUGUAUCUAUGUAUGUAUGUCUCACAGAGGUCUGACACAGGGUAGCUGUGGUGUAUCUAUGUAUGUAUAUCUCAUUGAGGUCUGAUAGAGGAUAGCAGUGGUGUAUCUUUGUAUGUCUGUCUCACAGAGGUCUGAUAGGGGAUAGCUGUGGUGUAUCUAUGUAUGUAUGUCUCACAGAGGUCUGAUAGGGGAUAGCAGUGGUGUAUCGAUGUAUGUAUGUCUCACAGAGGUCUGACAGAAGAUAGCAGUGGUGUAUCUAUGUAUGUAUGUCUCACAGAGGUCUGACAGAGGAUAGCUGUGGUGUAUCGAUGUAUGUAUGUCUCACAGUGGUCUGACAGAAGAUAGCAGUUGUGUAUCGAUGUAUGUAUGUCUCACAGAGGUCUGACAGAAGAUAGCAGUGGUGUAUCUAUGUAUGUAUGUCUCACAGAGGUCUGAUAGAGGAUAGCUGUGGUGUAUCUAUGUAUGUAUGUCUCA